CUAUAUAUAGUACUUUGCUUUUGAUAGUAUCACUGUGCUAUUGUAAUGUUACUGAGUGAUCUCAACAGAGCAGCUGAAGAACUCCUCUGGAAAGGGAAGAAAGGGAAAUUCUGACAAUGGAGACCAUGGUAUGCCCCAGUACUAGCAGUGGAAGAGUGGGGGCAGAGGGGGCAUGUUGUUACUCAAGGGUUUCUUGACCUUGCAAUGCUGGUCCUUGGAAUGGUCAGCCAGGUAGAAAUCAGCUUGGGAUUGAAUCUUAUUGAGAAAUUUUGUGGAUGCCAGUGCUCAUUGGUUAAAAGUGACAAAAUGUGCAUGUGUUCUGUUGGAAAGGCCUCUUCAGUUACUGCUGUUAGUGCAUUAGUGACACGUAAUGUGAUUUUUAUUUUUGCGUUCAGCAGUGUAAUUUUGCUAAGUUUUAACUUUCUUCCACUAGAUGGCCCAGGCAUGCUUUCAAGUACCUGAUGAGAACUUCAUUUCUAAACCAAAGUAAAAAUUCAGCAUCACCAAACACACGUGAACUUCUGUGAUGCUUUGUGCUUGUUUAAAAUACAAACACUUUAUAUCAACCAAGAGAGUGUUGGUUAAUGUAAACAAUACAUGGUAAUGAAGGUUAUGUUUGGUAUGAUCUUCUAUGUCCCUCUUUUUCCUAGAUUGGAACUUUCCUUAUUGCAUGUGGUACAAAGCAGUUUAGUUUUGCAUUGAGGUGGAAACUGAUGCACUGUUAGUCUGACAAUGUGUUCAACCGCAGUGGUUCAGAGAGACUCUGAUAAAGUGAUUUUAGGCUGAAGUUUGUCCCUAACAUCUCCUAGGAGUGAGGUGUGCAUUUUGCAUAGUUGAUUUUUUUUUUCUGCUUGAUUUUGCUGCAUAGAGGUUUGGUAACAAUUUUGCAGUUUAUUUCUCUAGUAGAGAUGUGGUCAGUAGGUUCGGAAUAGGUGUAGUCAUUAAAUAUACGGACUGUAAUUUAAUUCACCUAUUUGUUGUCUGUCAGACAUCAUGUGUAAGCUUGUGGUCAAGGCUGUUUUGUUGAUUAGUGGAGAAAGAUAGAUAUACACAGGGGACAGCUCUUACCAUGAGCAUGUUCAGACACUGGGAUGAGGUUGAAGAAGCAGUGGGAUGUACAUCCACAGGGACAUCCAAAACUCAACAGGACUGAGCCCAAUGCAUUAUGAGUCCGUUAGGCCAGCUCUGGCUGGAAGAUUGAAUUAGGUGACCUUAAGAGACCCCCUCCAGUCUCAGGAGUUUUGUAAUUCCAAAAGGAGGCUUUAUUCCUGUUCUCUACUGGUGUUUAAAACAAAAUGAAACACAAGGAAAAUAAUUUGUCUUUCUGAAUUAAUUUCUAACUUAAGUAUUUUGCAUUAAUUUCCAACUUCCCUUUUGCUUCUGAAGACCUUGAUGUGGUGGUAUUAGGCCACCAGAAGCGUGUGUUGCGUGCUCUUUCACUUCUUAAAUUGCACCCCCUGUCUCCCCACCAAGAAAAAAAGAGAGCCAGAUAAAGGGAGUGCUAUAUUCCGUCUUUCAUUGCUGCACUUGCUAAAUGCUCUCUCUGCCCUAUUGUUUUAUAUCAUUACUCCUAGUGUUUCCCUAGGAUAGUAGGGAUAGUAGAUUUUCUUGUUUUCCUGUUUCUAUUUUGCUCUUUCUCUUUAUGGAAGAGUCAGCUGUUACUUCCUCUGCAUCUGAAUCUGUGCUCCCUUUUUCUUUCCUUUUCCCAUUGUCAGUAUUUGUCCUGGCCUGCCACCUUCCUGCUCCUCUUCCCUUUUCUUGCUAAACACAAAUCAACAUGUCUGUGUGUACUAAAAGGAUGAACAUAAAUGGAGUGUUAUUUUGGUGAGGGGAUAUUGCUGCCUGAAGUCAGUUCUGUAGGCAGAGAGGUGAUCUACUCAUGUUCCUGGCUCUACUGAUGCAUGUUGGAGUUCUGCAUUUGCAGUAUUUUCGUCUUCCUUUCUAAUUUCUUAUAAAGUCAGUAGCUUUCAGCUUAUGGAGCAAUUUACCACACAGGCUUUGCCAGUUGGGCCAUGUGCAGAGAACUUCAUUUUGUGAUAGAAGUGUGUGUUUAAUGGGAUUUCUUUCUGAACUGAUAUACUGCAACUUUGGUUAGGAAAUUGUAGUCGCAUGUAGCCACAAGGCCUUGCAACUGCUAUUAUUAGUAAUACAGGCUUAACUUCACUUGUGACUGGAAACUAAACUGAGGAAAGUAAUUCCAUUUUUAGCAUAUUGAUAGUGGAAAACCUGGCUAUAGGACUAAAGUGUUAAUGAUGUAUUUCAGCUGGUAGCAUGAGAAGAUUAUCUAAAGAAUAUGUGAGGCUUUUUCAGCUCAGUCCUGUGUCAAUCAAAGUUUUGCACUUAAUUUUUUGUAACUGUAGACAGUUGAAGUGGGUAGUAAUGUUUGUUUUCAGGCAGACAUUUUAGUUCAUGCAUCUGAUGUGUGUGGUACAAUAAUAUAGAUUUAUUGCAUCAUUUUUGUAGCUAAGGCUACAGAAACUGUGAUUUAGUGUGAACAACAUGAAGUGAUAGUGAUGGGCGAGAUGUCAGAAAAAUGCUGUGUUUCAUAACUGUGUAAAUGCAUUUAUGUAGUGGUACUUCUUAAACAUGUGUAGGCAUUUUGUAUAAGUGAUUGUAGUGCCUUUAGCCAUGUGGCAUAGCAGCCGUGCUGUAAUACGAUUUGAAAGUUGGACAGAGCUGCAGAAGGUUGCAGUAUCAGAUGUCACUAGUAGAUUUGGGAAAGAAACUUUUAGAAGCUGCACGAGCAGGUCAAGAUGAUGAAGUUCGCAUUUUGAUGGCAAAUGGAGCACCUUUUACCACAGAUUGGUUGGGAACAUCUCCACUUCAUUUAGCUGCACAAUAUGGACACUACUCAACAACAGAAGUGUUGCUGCGAGCAGGUGUAAGUCGGGAUGCCAGAACCAAAGUGGACAGAACUCCAUUACAUAUGGCAGCAUCAGAAGGCCAUGCCAGCAUAGUAGAAGUCUUACUUAAGCAUGGUGCUGAUGUCAAUGCGAAGGACAUGCUCAAAAUGACUGCACUUCACUGGGCUACUGAACAUAACCACCAAGAAGUUGUAGAACUCCUAAUAAAGUAUGGAGCAGAUGUUCAUGCUCAGAGUAAAUUUUGCAAAACGGCGUUAGAUAUUGCGGUAGACAAUGGAAAUGAAGACCUUGCAGAAAUACUACAGAUUGCAAUGCAGAACCAAAUCAAUACAAAUCCAGAGAGUCCAGACACUGUGACGAUACAUGCAGCAACACCGCAGUUCAUCAUUGGACCUGGAGGGGUGGUGAACCUAACAGAUGAAACAGGAGUGUCUGCUGUACAGUUUGGAAAUUCAUCAACAUCAGUAUUAGCCACGUUGGCAGCUUUAGCAGAAGCAUCAGCUCCACUGUCUAAUUCUUCAGAAACACCAGUUGUGGCCACAGAAGAAGUUGUGACUGCAGAGUCUGUGGAUGGUGCUAUUCAGCAAGUUGUCAGUUCUGGAGGUCAGCAAGUUAUUACUAUAGUGACAGAUGGCAUUCAGCUUGGUAAUCUGCAUUCAAUUCCAACCAGUGGAAUAGGACAACCAAUCAUUGUGACCAUGCCAGAUGGACAGCAAGUAUUAACAGUUCCAGCAACAGAUAUUGCUGAAGAAACUGUGAUAAGUGAAGAACCGCCAGUGAAGAGACAGUGCAUUGAGAUUGUUGAAAAUCGUGUGGAGUCUACAGAAAUAGAAGAAAGAGAAACUCUUCAGAAACAGCUGGAUGAGGCAAACAGAGAAGCACAAAAAUAUCGUCAGCAGCUUCUAAAGAAAGAACAAGAAGCAGAGGCCUAUCGGCAGAAGUUAGAGGCAAUGACCCGCCUCCAGACUAAUAAAGAAGCUGUUUAAUAAAAGUGAACAUACUGCAAAGCCUGUUACUUUCCAAAACCUGCAGUACAAUCUUGAACUGUACGCUAUAUAGGUACAGACACAGGAUUACAUGAUAGAGAAGAUGCUACAAGUUGAUAACUGGACUUAAGCCGUGAGCUCUCAUUAAUUUCUUGUAACAUAAAAACUCUGAACUUAGAAAUUGUGAAAAGUAUUUAAAAUGAAAUACUGUAAAUAGUUGGUUUUUUUACAGUUUCAAAAUGAGUUGAUAAAUCUUUUUGAAGGGAUCCAGAAACACGAGAAGCCAAUGUUUUUGUGAAAUUUUUGAUUUUAGUAUGAAUCUAACCUCUGAAAAACAGAACAGUUUUAAGGGUGAUGUUGUUGAUUUAAGCUGACAACUUGAAAAUUAUCUGACAAAAUGAUUUAACAGUUAUUUCUACAUGGUAACAACUGAAACUUCUCUGAAUAAGACAUUUCCAAGUGGAAAUCUUUGUACAGCUUUAAGUAGUUGUCUCAGAUUCUCUGAAAACCAUUUUUGGGUUUUUAUUUUAGGUGGUGAAAUUUUUAUAUUUAAUUUCAGAUAUAUCCAAGUAGAUUUACAUGUAUAUGAAGCUAAUAUUUUUUAAACUUUUCAGUUUGUACAUAUGCUGCAUGUUUUUAUAAUUUCUACACAUACAUCUUGCAUAGGUAUUUUUCAGCAAAGAUGAGGAAAAUGUUUAGCUUAUAUGUCAUUGGAAGUAAGCAGCCAGUUUGAUUGUGGAUGGUAUAUUUGUUGGAAGAAUGUAAUUUGUAAUUAAAAACAAAAAAAAAUCUUUAUUUACAUACAAGAUGUGAUUUAAAAUUUGGUAGUGGAGGCAUCGAAACUUUACUUUGUGUCUUACAAUUUUCAUGCACAAGCAUUUAAAAGUUCAGUAAUGCAUAGGAAAGAAUGUCUCCACUGGAACACAAAUAGUAGUUCUUUUAGGAUAUUCCUAUUGAUCUCUUUUUCCCAAUAGCCUUGAAAUAAUUUCAGUGAUACCUUUUUUUCUAAAUGGACUUUUGCAUUUUAAUUAUGCAAUUGGACAAGUAAUUUUUUUAUGUUGUGAUGCUCCUCUUACCCAGCAUCAUUUUUCUUCACUGUGAUACUGUGUUUGUGUGUGUCUGUGCAGUGAUCUAUUAUGGUUAGGAUUUAUAUGGCACGUUACAUCUUCAGAGCAUUGUAAAAUCUUUUAAAGAGCCCUUACUGUACUGCCUGAGGCAGGUAAGUGGGUGUUACUGUCUCAAUUUUAUAACUGAUACAAGUGCGACACAAAUGACUGGCCCAAGACCACAUGGAUCUGUGGCAAACCUGGGAAUAGAUCUCAGGAGUUCCUGGCUUCUAGUCCUGUGCUUAGACUGAGCUGCCUUAAGAUUGUUCAGUGCUGUGUUACAUUAAAUUCUGAACUACUGUGCAGAUUCCUUUUUUGUAAGAUAAAACUCUUUGUGCUUUGCUUUGUUGUUCCAUGUUUCACUGCUUUUAUGGAAUUGUUUAUAUAAACUUAAGCAAAAAGUCUAGUUUACCUAUACUGUACACAGAAAAAUUACCCUUAAAACUGUACUCUGGCCUACUUUUUCUAUUUUACAAUUAAAUAUCUUUUCCACAUAUAUCCAUUGUA